AUGCUCGAAGCCACAGCACUAGAAGACGACGAGCUUCUCAACGCAGGCGUCUGGGCCUACUCUUUCAAUCGUUUGCAAGGCAAUAUGUGGGUGCACAGGAUUGCAGGCAAAGGCGCCGAGGGUCACAUCACCAUCAGUAUAUCCCUCGGCCGCCUCCAGGGCUUCCUGGGUAAGCAGGACGAGCUGAAAAGGCUGCCGUUAUGGGUUGCCCACUAUGACCUGAACCAAGUCAACGUCCUCAUCGACGACGACUGCAAUGUCACCGGCUUGAUCGACUGGUAA